CACGAAACAUCGAUUUUUUAGUAACUAAGUUUGAUACUAUUCCACAUUGAGCGCAUAGAAGAAAAAUUCUUACUUACGUACAUGAGUAGGAAACACCCGCUACUAUCGAUUAGUCGCGUGGCAGUCGGUCGUGUCAUGGAGGAUCUCUUACUGCAAAUUGUAAGGGAAGCUCAAAAUGCAAAAUUACAAAAUUUACGAAAAGCGGCGCAAGAAGCGUCUGAAUUUAUGGACAAACAGCAGGGACUGUUGAGGGAUCCCCCGCAUGAAUUGCGGGCAAAAUGUUUGCGUGCAAUUCAAUUGGCACUGGAAACAAAACGAAGCAAAUUUGUUGCUUUUGGACUUUCCGGUUUACACAAAAUGUUAAGAGAUGACAGAUUUCAAUCGCCAUAUGAACCGGAAGAUGAUUCUUUGUGGCUACCUGCACAAAUGUUACAUGCAAUGGGAUCAAUUUUGUCACAAUCUGAUGAUACUCAAACUGAUAUGCUUAAAGUUUUACUCCAAGUUGCCUGCUCUCAAUACUGGACGAUGAAUGGCAGAUUGAUCAUUGCCAUAUUAACGACAUGCUGCGAAGCCUUUGAAAAUGGAAAUCAAGCCGUGAGAACUGCAGCUCAGGCAGCAACCAGUCAGACGUUGCGUUCUUUUUGUCUUUUUUUGGAUGAGGAGUGCCAAGAAAUGGAUGAGAACGCAAAGCGAAACAAAAACGUUCGUGAGAGAGGAGUGUCUUGCUUCAAUGAGGCGUUACCGAUACUUCAAUACAUUUGUUGCAAGUUGGACGAGGCCCAAAAGAAAUGUUGUUCCAGUACCACACGAAACGGAAGUACAGUGGUCUUUCUUUUAGAGUGUCUUCACACUCUGAUAUCGUCGCUCCCUCAAAAAAUACACACAAACUCUCACUUUACAACAUUUCUUUGGCAAAAAUUUUGUCCAGCUUUAAUAGCAUUUCUUGGAACGCCACGAGUGGACAAGUCAUUUACAUCACGCGAGGGUAAAGAAGCGGAAGUCGGCCGUGGUUCUGGAUAUUUAACAACAUCAUUGAGUUUCGAUAGUCAUCAGGCGAAAACUGUUUAUAGCAUUGGCACGGAAUUGGUACGACUGGUUGGUUGUGUAGGUCCACUUAGACCUGUUUUAGAAUCAGUAUUUCAUAGAAUGUUACUUUACCCUCCACCACAGCAUCGUUUGGAACCUCUAAAAGCUCUUAGGGAACUUCUUCGUAGUCCCAGUCGAAUGGUUGAUUUUGCUGGACCACUUUUGGUUGAGGAGGAUAAAUCUUGUCAGCUACAGAGUGAUAUGGCUUUAAUGAGACUUGUUAUGGAUUCAAUUGAGGAGUCAAUAAGUUCGGGUGUUAAUGUCCUCAACGCCAGCGUCGCAUGCAUUGUUGCAAUGCUCUCGGCACUACAAGAACUAUGCGAAGGAAAGGCAAUAAGUCACAAAUAUACCUGCACAAUUAAUAGUCUCUACGAUGAUCUUGAAUCGUGUGAUUAUCGUGGUCCAUUGACAUAUCAGUCAAUGUCCCGUCUUCCAAAGACUUAUCGUGAGCAAUUGGAACUGAUGAAGAAGGGCACAUACUCAGAUUCUGAAUCCUCAGGACAUGGACCAUCGGAGGAUGGCGAUUCGACUGAUACCGAAGGUCCUCACGAAUCAGAUGAAGUCAACGAGGACACAAGUAUUGAUGACACUGAUUAUGCCCUUGAAAAUGAACGCGAACGUUUACGUCUUGAAAAAUUGCCAAAAUGUCUACACGUUGGGAGGCAAAUUGCCGAGGAAUGUAACGUUGACGUUGAACGUCACAAUGCCAGGCGUUUCGUUAAAACAUUGAGAGGCGAUUUAAUUCCAAUGAUUCUUUGUUUGAGGAGUAAUAUUGAGGUUGAUGAGGCUUUGCAGAAUUUCGCCUCUGAAUAUUGUCACAGUGUAUUUGCUUCGCAGCAAAAAUUCCAGGAGGACUGUGAUUCAAAUAAAGAUACGUGCUCUUUGCUGACGAUUAUGAACGCUGAUGGAAUAUAUUUAGCGACCUAUGCAGCAUUACUUCUUAAUUUGAAACUAAUUAGACUCAAUUAUUACGAGGAGGAAGCGAGACAAGUGCCGAUAAACGAGGAACAAUUCGUAGAAGAGGUUCAUGGAUCUGGUGUAUUGGUUUAUUUAUCAGCCACCUGGCUUUCCGAAUUGUAUCAACAAAUUCUAGCUUGUAAUCUUCUUGAGAAAAGUGGUUAUAAUCCAAAUUCGACAGAGAACAGUGCACUCGUUAAUGUUCUCAUUGAUGUCGAUGGAAUAAGCGGAUGUCAAAGAGGCGGUCAAUUUCUUUCCGAUUUUCGACGAUUGGAACGCGCACAAUUGUCAAGAAGUGAACCGACGUCGGAGGCGGAAGCUGGUGCCAAAUUAUCAAGACGUGUAUUGACUUGCUGCUGGGACAGUAUGGUCGCAGUUUUGGCCACUGGAUUGAAUCCAUGUAAAGAGGAGAGUGGAAAGGGAAUUCUGAAUAAAGACGGUGGCAGUAGAUGCGUUAAGGAUACAAUUAUUUUGGCUCUCGAGGGUCUUCAUAAGGCGGCAAUUUUGAGCAACAUUUUGGGUUUGCAAAAUCGUUGUGGAGCGAUUUUUGCACUUUUAGCGAAAGCCGCGUGUUCUGAACAGUCAAUUUCAAAAUUGAGGAGAACCAAAGAUGUUCUUAGACUUAAGUUACAGAAUCGAGCUACGAAUCUCCAUUCUUCGCAUGCCUUGAGUAUGGAGGUACUUUUAGGCAGAGGAUUAGAAUUAGGCAGUCAUGGAAGUGACUGUUGGCCUCACGUUUUUACUUGUUGCCUGUAUGUAAGUAAACUGGAACACGAUUUCUUUGGAAAGAAUCAAAAUCCAACGAUGCCUAAGGUUCAGCAUAAAAAGGAGAAGAAGGAAAGUCCCAUUAAUUCGAAAUCGAAUAAACUGAAUUUCAAUAUUGACGAAGACGAGACUUGUGUCGAUGUCUACAGUUUCCUCUCGAGUCCAUACACGCAAAACAUUGGAAUAGACACAAUUCCGGAAAUAAUACAAGACUCAAAUGCCGACAGUCAAUUUAAUGGUAUCCUGCCAGCGGAUUAUGCGGCGAAAAUUGUUUGCGUCCUGUCACAACAAGUGGACAGAUUAUUCGAAGAUGCGGCAUUAAAAUUGAAUUUACGAGCUCUUUGCUUCUUCCUAACGGCAUUGUGUAAGGCAAGUAAGGAUCAGUUAUUCAAGAAUAUUGACGGUAUCAAGGAGAAUAGACGAGUUUGGUGGAGGAGGAGUAAACCGAGGGAGGAUGAAUUGAAUGUCCUGCUUUUGAGCCGAUUGGGAGAAGUGAUGUUGAAAUGUGUUAAGAGUGGAAGACCUCUAAUCCACGUGAUGAGAGUUUGGAGUAUUUUAGGACCACACUUUAUGGAAGCGGCUUGCCACAAGGAUCGUACUAUUUCCAAAAAAGCAGUUCAGUGUAUUCACGAUUCAAUGACAGCUUUGCUGAACGAGCAAGUCGAAUUGGCGCACUUUCAUUUCAAUGAAGCUCUCUUUAAACCCUUUGAAAAUCUCCUGUGUCUGGAAUUAUGCGACAGUGAUGUUCAAGAUCAGAUCGUCAGUUGUAUCUGCGAAUUCGUUGAGACAAAUCGAACAGAAAUACGUUCAGGAUGGCGUCCACUGUUCGGAGCAUUGAGAAUCGCCUCGGUGGGCAAUUCCGAUAGUGUCGAAUCUGCACCUCUACUGGAAGUAUUCCGUGUUUUUCUCUCAACUGACAAUACACUGGUAUUCGCGAAUGCAGCACUCGAUUGUAUAUUAUGCCUGCUGCGACACGUGAGAGGUUCCACUGACAAUGAUAAUUUCGAUAAUGAUCAAGAUAUCGAUAUUUUGGAAGCACGAAAAAUGCGAUUGUGCGUUGAGAGUUUAAAGUAUCUUUUAAGUUGCAGUGAUAUUUUAGCAUCAAUGUACAGAAUGCCAGCGUGUCCGAUAUUCCAUUCGGCACAACGAAUACCAAUGUCGACAAUUCCACAAUACGUUGAUCCAAAUAUUCCGAAUAUUGAAAUUAUGAAAUUCGAUAAGAAAAUUGAUUCGAUUUGUGAGAAUAUACCGGAGAUGUCUUAUGAAAUUUUGACGAAAAUUGAUCCUGGUCAGACUGUGACACUGCAGAGUUUGGAUAGACCGAGUGGAAUUUUAAGAGUUUGGUAUAUUUUGAUUGAGGGGUUGGCUAGUGCUACAAUGAUUUGUCCACGAAGAUAUCAACCACAUGUUCUUGAGACAUUUUUUCAUCUUUUGAGAGAUACUCUCAAUGUUCCGGGACCAGCUUUUGGAUUGUAUUGUGUCAAUCAUUUGCUCCUACCAAUGGUGCAAAAUUGGUUGAGAAAGACUUCGAAAAUAGUCAGAGGUUGGGAUAAUUUUGCUCCUAAUUUUAAGCAAUGCUGUGGACUUACUACUGAUUUGGUUGUUGAUUUCGUUACCUAUCUACAGGGACCGGACGUGACAAGAAAUGACGACUUUCUUCCUGCUACAACUCUAAUGUUAAAACAACUAUUAUUAGUGAUGGCGGAAUGUGUUGUUCAACCGACUGAAAGUAUUGCUCGUCUCGGUUGUGCUUGUAUCAGACACAUGUUGGUGAGCAGUGGUCCAAAUUUAACACCGGAACAAUGGGAAGUUUGCGGUGUGGCUUGUUACAGAGCGUGCUCACACUCACUUCAGGAAUUGCAUCAAUUGACAAUGGCAUUUUCACCGCGUUCAGAAUCAUUUUAUGGCGACGUUGCCCAAGUGAAGGUAGCGGCUCGUCGUGAUGUUUCGGCUGAGGAAUCAGAACGUUUACGACAACUUGCCUCACAGGUAUUCCUUUUAGAGGAACAACGAGCAGAUGAUACUUUAAGGUCUUCCGAUGGCAGAUCUUAUGUCUUCCUAUUGUAUCCUCAAUCCGUUGAGACAACUCUUAAUCCUGAUUUGUAUAUAAUAAGAGUUCACUUGAGAGCUUUAGUUGUUGGACUUGUGGUUCACCAAAUGCUUCUUCAUUGCAUUGCAAGUGUCCUUCUUCAAGGCUAUGGUCCCCUCAUGCCAAGUAUCUCUCAUGUGAUCCUAAGUCCAACAAUAACAUCAUCAUCAUCAAAAUUGUCAACAUCGGGGAACCUGUUGAAUUUGAGACCCAACCACAUUGAUACUUUUCUCGCUGCUUUAGAUCUUUCUUACUCGGCAGCCUUAAAAUUUGACGCACGACCGAGUCUCAAAUUUCUAGUGCAAAAAGUGGCAAAUUUAGAGAAGCCUGCUAAUCUUUAUCGGCAAGCUGCAGCCUCAUGGAUGAUCAAGAUUAUGACACUGCUGGAAUUAUCCCUUCGAGAAAUUGAACGAACGGAUGUCGAUCUGGAGAAGGUGAAAAUAUUGAUGCGAACUGAAUCAAAGAGUCAGGAAAAGUAUUUGGAUCUUGUCAAAUAUUUGAGAUAUUUGAAAGCAGCUUUUGAUGAAUUGUGCGAGACUUAUUCGGAGAUUGUAAUGGACAAGGAUGGUAGGUACACCAGGAUUGAUGGAUUUUCCGAAAGGAAGGUAUUUCUUCUCGUUGCCCAGCCUGAGGAGUUUGCUGAAAUUAAAGAUGAACCACCACAAGAAGAUGGAAUUGAGGAAAACAUGGGAUUUACAACUGAUGACGAGGAUCAUGAGGAGGACGUCUAUAAUCCUAAUGUUGAGGAAGAAUUGGAGGAAUUGGGAUUGAAAAUAGAAAAAGAGAAGGACGAGAGACCCUUUAGACUCUCGGAUCUUGCUGUUGAAUAUUCCACCGAUUCGGGACCUGAAUCCGAACCCGAAACCGAUGAUUCAAGACCUGCUUCACGAUUAGGUUCGAUCAAUGACAGAAUUGUCUAUCCCGAUCGUUCGGGUUGCACGUCAAGCGAAGGUUGCAUUGAUUCGAAAAAUUCAUUUACACCCGAACCAUUGAAGAGUUGUUCCAGUGAGGAUCAACUUGCCAGUAAAUUGACGAUAAGAUCCAAAAGUACUGUCGAGAAGAGAAAGUGGAACAAAGAAAGAAAUGAACUUAUCGAUUCAGAAAGAUCGCCUAGAAAAAAUCUCCAGAGAAGAAAGAGUGACAUUUGUAUUAAGAGAAGUAACAAUUUAAAUUUUUUGAACCCUGUCUGUUCUGAUCAAGAGAAUUGUGAAAGAAUUUCAAAAUCGGCAAUGGAACUUCGAAAUUGUGAUUUACAAAGAUCUUCAUUGGAGAAUGGAUUGAAUUUGAAUUCAACGAGGGGAAAUGUUAUCGAAUCGAAUGCUUCUGAUAAUGUUGAGGCAUUGUUGGAGGAUUAUAAAAGAAGCAAGAGGGGAUUUAGAACGAAUCCCUUUCUUGAGGAUGAGGACGAGAAGAUGCUACUGGCGAAUCAAUAUAUUUUCAGUCAGGUCUUUGAAUUUGAAUUUCAGAAGAAGAGUGUCAUUAAUAAGGACAGUGAAGCACAUCGAAAGGCCUGGGCUGAAACUUUAAAUGCUACCAUUGAUUCGCUUUUGGCUCUGUCGGAUGAGCGAUUGGCGCCGUUACUUCCUGUUCUGGUAGGCGGUGUCAGAAUCUUGACGAGACACGCAACUGAUCCAUCUCUAAAGCAAAGAUUAUCGGCUGUCUUUCAACGCAUCAUAACAAUAUAUGGCUUGGCAAGCAAAUAAGCGAAACUACAUAUUUCCCAUAUGAAA